AAAAAAAAAAAAAGAAUAGUCAGGGGAAGGUGUUAUUCAUUUGUCAUUUGUUUAUCUCUCUAAUAACUUGUGUUUCAGAAAGAUCUGAAUCUGGGUGUCUGCUUUUUUUUUUUUUUUUUUUUUUGAAUGGGAUUUCAAAUGGCAUUGGCUGCAGAAGAGGGUGGGCCCCGGUACAUAAAGCCACCAGAAGCGGAUGGGCUUCUGCGUAUAAAGCUAUUGCUCUUGGCAGCUCUGUCUGAAGGAGGAGGAUAAGAGACUCCAAGGAGAGGAAAGCGAUUUUCAUAGUGGCAGGCAGCAGAAGGAGCAAAAGUUGGAUCUGAAGGCAGGAAGCCAGCUUGGUUCUAGAAAGAAAGAAACCGUGGGCACAGAAAAAACAGGUAACUCAAGGGAUCCUCCUGCCUCGGCUUCUCAGAUUCAGAUUCCAUUUGUAUUAAUUGAAGAAUGUUAUAUGUGGCCAGACUUACAAGGUUGAUUAGCCUGUCCUAGUUUUGCUUUAUAGGCACUGUUUUCAUCAGCAAUUUUCUGGGACAGACUCACGUUCAAAGAACCUGUUCGGUUUUCCUAUUAUAUGGAGGCCUUGCCCUGAUGUGGAAUUUAAAUUUAAAAUAGUCAUUGCACCACUAGAAAAAGUCCAGAGCUACAGAGAGUUGUGCACAGUAAAAUGCUUUGAAGGCGGAGAGUAGGAUGCAUUUCUUUAAAUUGAGGUAUAAUCUACAUACAAACAAAGAUUUUAAGUUUCAGUGUUUAUAAUUGUAUACCACCCGUGUAACUAUAUCCCAUCAAGAUACAGGCUAUUUCAUCAACCCAGAAAGUUGCCUCCUGCCCUUUCACCGUCAAUUCUCCAAGAUGACCACAAUUGUGAUUUCUAUCAGCAUGAAGUAGUUUUGCCUGUUUUGGACCUGGAGUAAAUGAAAUCUUCAUGCCAUGGAUUGUUACAGAACUUCACCAAGCAAUUCCUGGAUUUACACCACUGUGAUCCUCUGCAUAUUUGGUUUUUUCUCCAUGAUGAGACCCUCAGAACCAUUCCUUAUCCCAUAUUUAUCUGGACCAGAUAAAAACCUGACCAGUGAAGAGAUGACAAAUGAGAUCUUCCCCGUUUGGACAUACUCCUACCUGGUGCUGCUGCUGCCUGUGUUUGUCCUCACCGAUUACGUCCGCUACAAGCCGGUCAUCAUCUUGCAGGGUAUCAGUUUCAUCAUUACCUGGCUGCUGCUCUUGUUUGGCCAAGGAGUGAAGACCAUGCAGGUUGUAGAGUUCUUCUACGGGAUGGUGACCGCCACCGAGGUGGCCUACUACGCCUACAUAUACAGCGUGGUCAGCCCCGAGCACUACCAGAGAGUGAGCGGCUACUGCAGGAGCGUCACGCUGGUCGCCUACACAGCAGGGUCCGUGCUGGCCCAACUCUUGGUAUCCCUGGCGAACCUGUCAUACUUUUACCUCAACGUCAUAUCCUUGGCCUCUGUCUCCGUAGCCUUCCUUUUCUCACUUUUCCUACCAAUGCCCAAGAAAAGCAUGUUUUUUCAUGCAAAACCCAGCAGAGAAAUAAAGAAGUCAUCGAGUGUGAAUCCAGUAUUAGAGGAAACUCACGAAGGUGAAGCGCCAGACUGUGAAAAGCAGAAACCCACAUCAGAAAUACCCAGCACUUCAGGGAAGCUGCAUAAGGGCCAGCUGAACAGCCUGAAACCCAGGAAUGUGACUGUGGAAGUUUUUGUGCAGUGGUUCCAAGAUCUGAAGGAGUGCUACUCCUCAAAACGUCUUUUCUACUGGUCUCUGUGGUGGGCUUUUGCCACAGCAGGUUUUAACCAGAUUUUGAACUAUGUUCAAAUCCUGUGGGAUUACAAGUCACCUUCCCAAGAUUCUUCCAUCUAUAAUGGGGCCGUAGAAGCUACUGCGACCUUUGGAGGGGCUGUGGCUGCCUUUGCAGUGGGUUAUGUGAAAGUCAACUGGGACCUUCUAGGAGAGCUGGCUCUGGCGGUCUUCUCAGUUGUCAAUGCAGGUUCUCUAUUUCUCAUGCAUUACACAGCCAACAUCUGGGCGUGCUAUGCUGGCUAUUUGAUAUUCAAGUCCAGCUAUAUGCUUCUUAUAACCAUAGCAGUAUUUCAGAUUGCAGUUAAUCUGAGUGUGGAACGCUAUGCCCUGGUAUUUGGAAUCAACACCUUUAUUGCCUUGGUGAUUCAGACCAUCAUAACUGUGAUUGUAGUAGAUCAGAGAGGGCUCAACUUGCCAAUCAGCAUUCAGUUUUUAGUUUAUGGGAGCUAUUUUGCAGUAAUUGCUGGAAUUUUCCUAAUGAGAAGCAUGUAUAUUAUCUAUUCAACCAAAUCCCAGAAGGAUGUACAGAGCCCUGCUCCAAGCGAGAAUCCAGAUAUGUCUCACCCAGAGGAAGAGAGUAAUGCCAUCAUGUCAACAAAACUCUAACCUCAUUGCAAUAAUUGCAGCAGUGGCUUUUAAAGCUAUGCAAUAAUAAGGAAGGAUUUUAAGAUGGGUGGCAUAUGUUUUGCCAUAACUUGACAUGCUUUUUGCAAAUCGGGAUUCCAAUGGACCUUUCAAAACCACAAUGAAACCUCAGCUUUAGACGAGUUCUCUAUCUGCCCAAUUUUACUGGAUGCAAUUGACAGAACCCAUCGUCAUAAUUAAACAACCCAUAUUGGGGACCCCCCUGUGACCAGUAGCAGCUGGAAAAUUCUGGUUUUUCUCACUUGUACGGACAUGCAGAUGGUGUGGAACCAAACCAUGAGAAAACUCCAGCCAUCCUGGAGUUGGUAUUCACCAUUUGUGGGGAGAAACACUAACUGGACGGACCCUAUUGCUUGGCUUAAAUACUUGUUUGAUCUUACCAAAGAAGUCAACGCAUGGGACCUUUUUGUCAAAAGAUCCAUUUUGUUUCUUCUUCUAAUAAGUGUAUUUCUGUUUAAGUUAUAGUUCUCCAAGAGAAUUACAAGGUUUAUCCCAUUUCUAAGGGCUUGUCUUCAACUCUGAUAACAGCAUUAUUCACAAGUUAUGAUUUGAUAGUAUUAUUAUUUAAUUUUUUAUGAUUA